CUCGCGGCUCCAUUCAUCUCCCCCCUGCGGAGAAUAGCACAGUGCGGCUGCCCGCCGGAUCUCAGUGCUUCCCGCUGCCCCUCCGCCGUCCACCCUGCUUGUCGCUGUGCUGUAGACAUGUCGGUGGUGGGCUUUGACUUGGGAUUCCUGAGCUGCUAUGUCGCCGUCGCUCGGGCCGGGGGUAUCGAAACGGUGGCCAAUGAAUACAGCGACCGCAGCACCCCAGCAUGUAUUUCAUUUGGUCCGAAGAAUCGAUCUAUUGGAGCAGCAGCCAAAAGUCAAGUAAUAUCAAACGCAAAGAACACAUUACAAGGCUUCAAAAGGUUCCAUGGGCGGGCAUACACAGAUCCAUUUGUGCAAGCAGAAAAGCCUGGUCUUGCCUUUGAACUCGUAGAGUUGCCGACAGGCUCUGCAGGAAUCAAGGUUGUAUACUUGGAAGAGGAGAGAUCUUUUACCAUUGAACAGGUGACUGCAAUGCAGCUAACCAAGCUGAAAGAAACUGCAGAGAGUGCACUGAAAAAACCUGUAGUGGACUGUGUUGUGGCUGUUCCCUCUUUCUUUACGGAUGCAGAACGGCGGUCUGUAGUUGAUGCCACACAGAUUGCAGGGCUGAACUGUUUGCGCCUUAUUAAUGAAACAACUGCAGUUGCUUUGGCCUAUGGUAUUUAUAAGCAAGACUUGCCUGCUCCAGAAGAGAAACCCAGAAUUGUGGUCUUUGCGGAUAUGGGACAUUCCGCCUAUCAAGUGUCUGUCUGUGCAUUUAACAAGGGCAAACUCAAGGUCCUUGCCACAUCAUUUGACCCUACAUUGGGUGGCAGGAAGUUUGAUGACGUUUUGGUAAACUAUUUCGUUGAAGAAUUUGGCAAAAAAUACAAGCUGGAUAUCAAGUCCAAGAUUAGGCCUUUGCUACGUCUUGCUCAGGAGUGUGAGAAGCUUAAGAAAUUGAUGAGUGCAAAUGCUUCGGAACUGCCACUUAAUAUUGAAUGUUUCAUGAAUGACAUUGAUGUGACUGGAUCUAUGAAUCGAGGGCAUUUUGAAGAAAUGUGUGACAGCCUUUUAUCUCGAGUUGAACCACCACUACGAAGUGUUUUGGAACAAGCCAAACUAAAAAAAGAAGAUAUUUAUGCAGUAGAGAUAGUUGGCGGUGCCACUCGAAUCCCUGCUGUGAAGGAGAGAAUAAUGAGGUUCUUUGGUAAAGAAGUCAGUACAACACUGAAUGCUGAUGAAGCUGUAGCCCGAGGCUGUGCAUUGCAGUGUGCAAUCCUAUCCCCAGCUUUUAAAGUGCGAGAAUUUUCCAUCACAGAUCUAGUACCAUAUCCUAUAUCAUUAAAAUGGAAUUCUCCAGCUGAGGAAGGCUUAAGUGAUUGUGAAGUCUUCCCUAAGAAUCAUGCAGCUCCCUUUUCCAAAGUGCUUACUUUCUACAGGAAGGAGUCAUUCAAUCUUGAUGCUUACUACAGUGCUCCCAAGGAAUUGCCCUAUCCAGACCCAUCCUUAGGUCAAUUUCAUAUUCAGAAAGUCAUCCCACAAGCUGAUGGGUCCAGUUCUAAAGUAAAGGUGAAAGUACGAGUCAAUAUCCAUGGAAUAUUUAGUGUAUCCAGUGCCUCUCUUGUUGAAAUCCACAAAACAGAAGAUGGUGAGGAACCCAUGGAAACAGACCAGGUUACAAAGGAGGAGGAGAAAAUGCAAGUUGAUCAAGAAGAAGCUAAACCAGAAGAGAACCAGCAAGCAGAAAGCAAGACGAACCCUGAUGAGAUGGAGACCUCACAACCUGGGACCAAGGAUAAAAAGACCGAUCAGCCUCCCCAAGCCAAGAAAGCAAAAGUGAAGACCAGCACAGUUGACUUGCCCAUUGAACACUACCCCCCAUGGCAGAUUGGCAGGGACAUGCUUAAUUUGUUUGUUGAGAAUGAGGGCAAGAUGAUUAUGCAAGACAAAUUGGAAAAGGAACGGAACGAUGCCAAGAAUGCAGUAGAAGAAUAUGUGUAUGAGAUGAGGGACAAGCUUAGUGGAAUCUAUGAGAAGUUUGUCAGCGAAGAUGACCGGAACAGCUUCAUUCUAAAACUAGAGGACACUGAAAACUGGCUGUAUGAAGAUGGGGAAGAUCAGCCCAAACAAGUUUAUAUUGAUAAAUUAAAUGAUUUGAAGAAAUUAGGGAACCCUAUACAGAUACGCAAUCAGGAAUAUGAGGAAAGACCAAAAGCUUUUGAUGAACUGGGGAAGCAAAUUCAACUCUACUUGAAAGUUGUUAAUGCCUUCAAAAAUAAGGAAGAGGCAUACGAUCACUUGGAUCCUGCUGAUAUGGAAAAAAUGGAAAAGAGUGUAAAUGAGGCCAUGGAAUGGCUGAAUAACAAAAUGAAUUUACAGAUGAAGCAAGAUCCUACUGCAGACCCAAUAGUGAAGACCAAGGAAAUCCAAGGCAAAACUAAAGAGUUAAUAAACCUGUGCAACCCAAUAGUAACAAAACCGAAGCCCAAGGUCGAGCCACCAAAAGAGGAGCAGUCAAAUGAGCAGAAUGGACCAGUUGAUGGUAGUGCAAACAGCCAAGGGCCACAGGCUGCUGAGCCGAAUCCAGAUCCAGCUGCUACAGAGGCAGAGAAGAAGCUUCCUGAAAUGGACAUUGAAUAAAUUCCAUCUUUUAUUUCUAUUCUAAAACAGUAUAAUAAAGCUUUAAGUUGUUACCCACAUACGGCUCAGAGUACCAGUCUGAGGAAAGAGACAGCAGUUUUCCUAGUUACCUAGCCACCCUUUUAUUUCCCCUCCGCAUUUCUUUUUUUUAUUUUUUACUGAUCAUUUGACAUUCGUAUUGUUUGUUUGAAUGUUCUUUUCUAUUUAUGUUGCUUUAGCGUAAAUCCUUGUUGCUACAACUGAUUAGUGUUGGCUGUAACUUGCACAUUAGCCAGAAGGCCAAUGUGUCCGAAGCUACAAAAGGUAUGCAGCUUAAUAGCAGAACUCAAGGCCUACCUACCUACCUACCUACCUACAGAAAGCUGAAAUGCUACGAAAAGCUCUUGCCACAAUCAAAGGACACUCCUGUGUUCUGCGCUUUAAACUUUUACUCCAGAUCCUAAAGUCUUGGUUUGCAUCUUUCCCUGUAUGUUGCACUUCUGCCUCACUGACAGCUGGUUCCCUGCAUUAACAAAACCUUUUGCAUGGCAGCCUGGUGGUGCAACAAGAAACCAGAGUAUUAAAACCCAGCACUGGCAGCUUUCCCUUUAGGUAGUACCCUGAGUUUAUUGUACUGGCAUUUGCUUGAUCCCGUUAUGUUUUCCAUUACUAAGGUGUAGGUGUGAGUUCUAUAUACAGUUUGAUAGGUACCGUUCGCCAUCGCUUUAUGGAAGUCACAACGAAAAGCUUCAAUAGUUUAAUGGCCUUUGUUGUUUCUGAUUAGUGUUUAAUUCAGACUAAGCCACGAAUGACCAUCUUCAAUGCUGGAUUUUUAAAAGAACUACAUGCAUAUAGCCCUGUUCCUGGGGGAAUGGUGCAGCAAGUAUUGCUUUAUAACUAAGGCUUAAUAUAACAGCAUCACAUGAAAUGGACAGGGGAGUCGCUUAAGCCAAUGCAAUGCAGUUAGUUUGUCAAUCAUAUGUCAUGUGAUUUUAAACAUGGGGCAAGUAUUUGGGAAUUGUUUUUUGUCUUUAUAGGAUUCUGGCUGCCAUAUUGGUGCCAUGAGACAACUGGAUUAUAGAACAUGAAUGUUGGCUAAAAUUCUUGCCUCAAGAAGGUUUGUUGGAAGCGGAAACAGUCACAGGCAUAAUUUACACCUAAUAUUGAUGCUGAUUUAGUAACCAGUUACCAUACCCCCAUAGAAAAUCCAUCUUUGUAAUUUUUUUUUAUGAUUGUUACAUAACCAAAACUCUAAAACACAGCAGUUCUUGUCUCAAAAUAAACAUUGCUGGGUUGCAA